AUGAUUUGUUGUUUUCGAAUGGGAUUCCUUCUGAUUCGAGCAGCUACUGCUCCCACUGCAUUUGCUGUUCUCACAGUGCGGGGAACUAGAGAAGCCGGGGGCCCUGUAGCAAAUGCACGAAAUGGGGACCAUCUUGGGCGUGAGCAUGACGCUGUUCGUGAUCGGGUUCGUCUCCUCGGUGCUCAUCCUCUGCGUGCUCCUCGUCGGCCUCUCGAUAUGCCUCUGCCGCCGUCCGCCCCUACAGAGGAGCACCACCACCCUACCCCGUGA